AUGUUCCACUCAGGCGAUCUGCAGAGCGGCAUCACGCUUGCCAUACAGGAAGCAAAGCUGGUUGUCUGCUUCGUGCGCAACCCCACCGACGACGAAUGUCGAGUCUGGGAAGAGGAGUGGUUGGGCGCCUCUGCUGACUCGGCGGAGUCCUUGGGCAACACCAUCGCCAGCAAGGCCGUGCUGCUCCGCAUCGACUCUGGCACUCCGCAAGAAGCCUUCCUGCAAGCCGUCUGCCCCGUCAGCAAAGUCCCGACACUGGUCGUCAUCCAUAAUGGGCAGGUUUUGGAGAAGUUGGAGAGUGGAAUCGGCGAGGAGGAGUUUCGAAGUCGGUUGCUGAAGGCGUGUGGGUUGGAGGACGUAGGAGAAUCAGCAUCAACAGCACCAUCCGUACAGCCUGGAGAUGCCAUACCGCUCUCAACUCCCGACCCGACACCUGCCCCUGCACCACCCACACAAUCACCCUCCACCGCGCAGACCCUUCUCACCGAACGAGGACAACGACUCGAAGCAGAGAGGCAGAAGCGCGAGGCGGCGGAGAAAGCAGAGCGGACGGCGAGAGCAAAUGCAAGACGGAAAGAAGCCGAGCAAGCAGCUACUGCCGCCUCGAACAAGCAGUCUUCCACCACGCAAGAGGAGCGCGACAAGCAACAAUCCCGCGAUGCGUGGCUCGUCCAGCAGAAGCAGAGAAAGGACGAGGCGAAGAAGGAGCGCGAACGCAUCUUGAAUCAGAUCGAGAGCGACAAGCAAGAACGAAGAGCACAGAAAGAGAGACAGCGCGAAGCACAACAAGCUGGAGGUGGCGGACAGUCCUCGGCCCUGCCGCCAUCAGCCGCUCGAAGCACCACUAUAAACCUCUCCGGCAUAAAAUCGUGUGCCCUGCAAGUUCGAUUGUUCGACGGCUCCAGCAUCCGCGGCAAAUUCGCUUCCGACGCAGUCCUCGCCGGUGCGGUGCGAGACUGGGUCAAAGAAGCCAGUCCGGAAGGCGGCGCCGACAUCCCCUACACUUUUCGACACAUCCUGCCUCCCCAGCCCAGCAGGAGCAUCGGAAUCAGCGAGGAACACCAAUCCUUACUGGAACUUGGUCUGGCACCCACCGCCACGCUUGUUCUCGUGCCUGUCGCCGGAUAUACGUCCGCUUACGAGAAAUCGGGCACGGGCUAUCUCAGUGCAGGAUGGGAUGCCGCGGCGUGGGCAACUAAGGCGGCGACCAGCGCCGUCGGAACAGCGGCCUCUUACAUUCCCGUGGUGAACUGGCUGUACCCGGGCGGAUCGGGUGAACCGCGCCAGUCCGGCGAUCAGGCGAACCCCGUGAAUGAUCAGAGCCAACGCCCUGAGGGUGCGAAGGUGAACACACUCUUUAAUCAGCGGCGGGAACAAGACAAGGACAACAAGCCGACUACCUUCUAUAAUGGCAACUCGUCCGCUUUUCAGGGUAACGGGCCGCCCGAU